AUGUCCAAUUGUGUAUGCAUAUUAGUUUUAAAUGUGAACGAACUAUUUCCUGGCAGUACCCACGACACCCAUAUAUGGAACAAUAGUUCUGUUUUACCAGUAAUGCAGGAAUUACACAGACGCAAUCAUCAUAACUUUUAUUUAUUAGGUGAUUCCGGAUAUCCCUUACGUCAAUGGCUAUUGACACCAAUUACAAAUCCUACAACAAACCCUGAAAAAUAUUACAACCAAAAACAAAUGUCAACCAGAAGUCUAAUUGAACGUUGCAACGGGGUGUUGAAAAUGCGAUUUAGAUGCCUAUUAAAAGAUAGAACUUUACAUUAUAAACCAGAAAAAUCAUCAUCAAUAAUAAAUGCAUGUAUAGUUCUACAUAAUAUGUGUAUUACUAAUAAUAUUCCUUUGGAUGAACAUGACAUUCCAGAGUAUGAUAAUUUGGGUAUGAUGGAAGACCGAGAGAUAUUAGCGGACAAUAAUCGUAAUUUAGACUUGGCUCUUGGUAGACAACAUAGGGAAAAAAUUGUAACAUACUUAUUUCAAAGACAUGUAUAA